GAGAGCUCCAACAACGACGACAGUGAAGAGGGAACAGGCCUCCGGUGGACGAUUCACAGUGAUGGGGAAGAAAAGUCGCCUCACGGGAGGAACGGUCGGCCGUAGAACUAUCCUUCAGCUUUCACCUCCCGGGCUUCGCAGUGGGAAUGCCGGAGAGAGGGACGAAGCAGCCUCGGGAUCGGAUGCAGACGAACAAGAGGGCGAUGGACACCGAUUUGUGAGAGAUACGCGCUCAAACAUGAAGCAUCCAACAGUAAAGGCCACAGAGGGUUUGUCCUUACUUGGUGCAUAUGAGGACAGUGAUGAAGAGGAUGGUGGAGACUCCCGGCGUCCAACUGGAAAUUCCCAACACAACCAGUCAGCUGACAUCGACAGUACUCUGGCCAGUUUUAUGGCUGAAAUCGAUGCAAUCACCACACAACCUAGUUCAGAUGAUCCAGCUUCCUCAGUCCCAACUUCCACUUCACCAAAGCCUGUAGAGUCUCGGCAGCCAGCAGAUAGUGGGGACCAGAAACAACAAAGCACAGAUUUUGAGUACAACACCCAGUACUCACUGGCUGGAGUGGGUGUAGAGAUGGGAGACUGGCAGGAGGUUUGGGAUGACAACUCCGGCUGCUACUAUUACUGGAACACUCUGACAAAUGAGGUGUCGUGGGAGCUGCCGCACUAUCUGGCUGAUCAAGUUCAAAGCCUGGAGCAGAAUGCCAACAGCUCUAGUGUCAAUGGCAAUGGUACAGCACAUGCUGGCUAUCAGACUGAGGAAAACACGGCAUCUGCUGCAUCUACAGUAUCAGCUAAAGAGACCCAAGCAAAGGAAGUCAUUGAGAGCGUUGUAGGCCUCACAAGUGAAGAGGAGGAGCGCCGUGGAGUCGCUGCUUCUCUGCUUGGUCCUCUGAUCCCAUCUGAAGUGAAGGAAGCAGAAGAAAAAUGGAGAAAAAGACUGAUUAAAAGUUUGGAUGAUCCUGAAAACAGUAUGGAUUCUGAUGGUGAAGGUGUUCGCGCUGCAGGAUCCCCAUCUACUCCUCUGCGGGACUCUGACUCGGCUCCCACUGCUCCAAAGGAACACUGCACAAAAAAGCAGUCGAACAAUAACUCAGAUGCAGAGGAAGAGACAGAAGAAGACACAGUUGCACUGGAACUUGCUCUGGAGCAGAAAAAAGCUGAGCUCAGGGCUCUGGAGGAGGGUGAUGGGAGUGCAGGAGGCUCCAGUCCUUGUUCUGAGACAAGUCAAGAUGCCUCUGGUGCUCGUGGUGUUUUACUAAAGAAAAACCGGUGGAAGACCGCCUUUGUCUGUGCUGCUAGUCCUGACUCUAACAGCAGAGGCUCAGACCUGCAGGACGUUGCAGAGACGGCACUUCCAAAAGGCCUAGAUAGUGUUGCAGAGGUAGAAGACAAGGAAACUGAAGAUUCCGAGGAGAAGACCAAAACUGCUGUUAAAGAAGAAAUUGAAACACCUGAACUCAAGUUUCAGAUUGGAGAGCUGGCUAACACCUUAACCAGCAAGAUGGAGUUCCUGGGAAUAAACAAGAAGGCAAUCUCAAACUUUCAGCUGCUCCUGCUGCAAACGGAGACUCGGAUCGCUGACUGGAGGGAAGGCGCUCUGAACGGGGUCUAUCUACGCCGCAGGCUGCAGGAAGCCGCCGAACACAUAAAAUAUUACGAACUUAACGCCGCCCCUAAAGGCUGGUCCUGCCACUGGGACAGAGAGCACAGGCGGUAUUUCUAUGUGAACGACCGGACCAAUGCUUCCCAGUGGGAUUUCCCGACAGAAGAAGAGAAAGAGGAUGACCUAAAGGGAGCCCAGACACAGACAUCUAGCCAAGGGGAGCCCAAAGCAGCCUCUGCAACUACUGGUGGAAUCACAGGAUCCUCUAGUUACAUUGCGCCUGCCCCUCCAGCACCUCCCCAGCCUGCCCCAUCCUUCUGGUCCCCAUCUCAGCCUCCUCUUCCUGACAGCCCACCUCCACCCUCCCACUACCCACCACCCCCGCCUCUGCCCCCGGGCUCUCCACCUCCACCUCCCCCUUUACCUGACAGUGAUACGGAGAUCAUGGAGGUGGAGAUGGAUGUGGACGAUGAUAAUGACGACGGGGAGCCCCCAGCACCUGGAACAGAGGAGGACGGCAGUGGGAGGCCUCCAUUUCCUCCAGGCACUGCCAGCACAAAGGUCCUAGAGUGCUCCUUGGGGAAGGGUCAGAAACGUAAAGUCAGCCAGAUGAAUAAAACAAUCACUAUUGGAAGCAGUCCCAUUCUUUACACACAGUCUGCUGUCAGUGCAGCUCCCCUUAUGUCAGCUGCCACCUACUGGGGUGUGCCAGCCAUGGCGGCCCCUUUGGUCCCUUGUGAACCUCCUGCUCCACCUCUCCCAGCGCUGCCUCCUCAGCCACCUCUGCCACCACCACAGCCACCCAGCGAGCCUCCUGGAGCCAAACCUCCGCUGGCAGAUAAGACCAAGAAAACCAAGAAGGACAAGUCAAAGAAAAGUAAGAUAAAAAUGCCUUCUCUGGUGAAGAAGUGGCAGAGUAUCCAGAAGGAGUUGGAUGAAGAAGAUAAAAGCAGUUCAAGUGAUGAGGACAGAGAGCAACUUAACAAGAAGAGCAUCGAAGACUGGAAGCAACAGCAGCUCGUGACGGGUAAAGCAUCAAAAAAUGCAAACUUUGAGGCUCUCCCUGAAGACUGGCGGGAGCGAAUCAAGAAACGGAAGAUGAUGAAUAACACGUAACAUCUGGCCUGGGUUACACAUCAACUCUUUUCUAAAUCCACUCCAGUCAACAUCAUCCGUCUACAUUUGAGUAACUAUGGACUAUUUUCUGUGUAAAUGAUGAUAAAAACAUUAAGAGGACCUUUUUUUGUGGAAACUCAUUCAUCAGAAGGGUUUAAAUACUCUUGUUUUGUAUCAGCUGUUAUCAAUGUGCCAAAAGUCAUUCUUGAGUUUAUCUGAAAUACUUGUGAAAAACAUGGAUGGACACCAGGUUUUGUUCGGAGGGAUUUCUACUUUAUUGAACAUUUUUACAACCGUGUACAUAAAAUGUAUGUUGGGAUAAGCCAUGUUUUCGGAAUGGGCAGGGGACACUUCUUAAUGUGUAUAUUUUGUAAAAAGUUAUUAAAUUGUUUUUCC